CCCACAAAAUGGCCAGCACCGGCGAGAUUUGGCUGCAGUGGUUCUCGUGCUGUUUUCAGCAGCAGCGAUCGCCCUCCCGCCGCCCCCACCAACGCCUGCGCAUCGACCGAUCCAUGAUUGGGAAUCCCACGAACUUUGUGCACACCGGGCACAUUGGCUCCGCGGACGUGGAGCUCUCGGCGAACCGCCUCAACGCGAUCUCAACCCAAAUGCAGGGCAAGGGCGGCUACGAGGCGACGUCAAUACACUCGCUGCAUGCCUGCUGAUGGAAGAAGCGCUCGUCCCAUCGCUAUAAAAUGCAUUUUGUGCAAUUUUUACAAGAAGCAAAGAAGAGAGAGAGAGAGAGGGGUGGCACUUUUUACAGUUCUUUGUUGGAGCGUGUUAUCAGGCGGCGGAGGAGGGAGACAGCAAGAGACCUCGAGGGACGGAGGAACAGACGGAUAAAAGGUGCUGACAAAAACCGAAAGCAAGAGCGUGGAAAGGAGAGGAGAGGAUAGGGAGAAGCUGUUUCGAAAUGGGUUCCACACAAUACCUAAACAUAUAACGGACAAUGGACUCCAGGGUGUGCUGUCCAGCUGUGGGGGGUGGAACUUGUCAGCUGUCAGCUAUUUUUUGUAUCGGAGUCCCUAGAUUUUGGCUGUUCUGUUCGCUUUUUGUGAGUAUUAUUUAAAUGAAAAAUCGCAGAAAGAGUGCCAACCGACUAAACCAGCAAAUAAUUGUUUAAGCAAUUAAGCAUUUCAAGAUAUGUGUACCAUACAUAUACAUAUAGUACUUGUAACUGCAUCAUUACGUAGCAUUUUUGGAUGUACUUAAUGCCAAAAAUCAGGAUCAAGCCAACCCACGUACAAGGGACAUUUAAAUCCAGUCUCAGUUCCAAUUCCUGUGGCAUGAUCCGUCGAGAGCGACUAGAUACCAUACAACAAUAUAAUGCAAAAUACAUACAAGUGUUGUAACCGAAUCUUUCGAGAGAGUACGUGUACACAGAGUACAUUCGUAUGGAAUAAUAACUAGAACGAGCCCUAUGAUCAGUUGCACAACUAACAACAAUAGUCUGAUCUGAUCUAAUUGUAUAUUUGGAUGAAAAUGGUGCAACAAGCAAUCGUUUUUUGCAAACGCUGACCUUAGCCUUUAGAUAAUGUUAUUAA